UUGUCGACGAGAUGGUAUCCGUGUCGGGGUAUGUAAACGGAAUUGACAUUAACCAACUAAGCACCAACGCCCUUACGGUGAGAGGGGGAACUAUACGAGGCUCUUUGUCCUUCUUUAAUUCCUUGAUUAUUGACACUCUCGAGGCACAAUCCAUUAUGGGAAUCAACACCGCUUAUUACAUGUCGACGACGGUAUUCAAACAUGCGCCUGCCGUGAUGGGAGGAACCUUGGUUGUCGAGACAGCGGUGGAGACCAAGGGGGACUUGAUUGUUGAGGGAUACAUCAAUGACAAGAGCUUCCCAAAGGACUAUCCCCUUCAGACACACACUAAUAUUAGCUUUGGAUCGAAGAGGUUUAAGAAUUUGUACGUGGGUUCAGUGAGAGUUGGCCCAGACUGCCUAGUGGACGGUCUAUCCCUCAACAGAAUAGUGACUCUCCAUACAUCACAGAUUAUCACUGGAGAGAAGACCUUUGCCCAAGGUGUUUAUAUCAAAGGAAAUCUAGACAUAACCUCCAAGUUACUAGAUGGAGUCAAUCUAGACGAGCUAUAUGCCAGUAUGUCGCAUAUAAACACUUCAGAUUGGAAGUUCGAUGUUGUAUUUGAGGCAGCUGUGCAGGCGCCGUCACUGUCUUUUGGUGGAUCCCUCAAUGACUUUGAUUGGGUUAAAUUCGCAGAAGAUAUUGUGUAUGAUGACGAAAACAUGGUUACGAUUUCCUCGAAGAAGAAUUUUAGGUUAGGCCUGACCAUCCGUGAUGCAAUCUUCAAAAGUACAUUUAACGGAGAGAGUUUCGAUAACCUGGUUACGACCAACAGUAAGCAAACCAUUGGUGGAAGAAAAGAAUUCCUUAAUGAUGUCACUUUCGGAUCGCUGACAGUUGAUCUAUUAGAUGGUGUUGACUUGGAGAAAAUGGUUAAGUCGGCAGUGUACCUGAACAAGGAGGGACAAGUGGUUAUAGGCAAGAAGAACUUCACCAGCACACUGACGACCAAGGGCCUGGAGAUCACAGGCGGGAUUGGGAAUUUAGACUUGAGCAAAGUUGUGACCAAGAGUACAGAUCAGACCUUCAGUGCUUCGCAGUCACUACGGUCUGCCAUCUUCAGCACCCUGUACACUACAUCCAUGCAAAUGACUGCUGGCUCCAGAAUAAACACGAUAGACUUAUCUUUACUUAACAGUAGACACGUGAGUUUGACGUCCUCUAGUCAUCACUCCGGAGUAUUGACUGUCGAAGGACCAGUGUCAGUGCUGGGGCAGCUCACUGCUGGGACUCUUAAUGGUCACGCCUUGGAACCUCUAUUAAGCAAUUUUGUCAUGAAAGACCAAUCCUCUGUCAUCACGGGACCCGUAACGUUCGCAAGUCUUACCGUGCACGGACCUAUAACAACGUAUGAUAAAGUGGGUGCCAAUGGCUUAAACAUAAGUCAUAUUGACCUAAAUGCUGUUAAAUUAAGCUCGAGUAAUGUAAUAAGUGGAGGCGUUACCUGGGGUCAGAUCAUCUUGAGGAGCGACGUGGCAGUGGGGGGACGCGUUAACGGAAUCGACCUUUACAAGUUCAGUCAAGAUUUAGUUUCCAAGGACUCGACUGACCUUCAAGUCAUAACAGGGAAGAAAACCUACGUAGCUGGGCUGACAGUACUGGGCAACAUCGAGGCAAUGACUAUCAAUGGUAUCGACCUGAGCACCAAAAUGCUGACCCGGCACACUGACCAGACGAUCAGUGCCUCUUACACCUUCCUCAACCUGGAGGCCAAGAAGAAUGUCACCAUCAAGGGUCUUUACAACCAGGUCAACCUCACCCGGCUCACUGCGUCUAAUGUCCUGGGAACUGACACCAUACUCGGUAACGUGACCUUCUUCGGCGAGAUGAAUGUGGAACACUUCCGCAUCUCGGGCUACUUUAAUGGUAUUGACACGGAGAAGAGGAUGGCGGACGGUAUCAUGGUGCACGACAUGGAUGUUGUCAUCACCGGUAAGAAGAACUUCCUGUCAAAUGUGACCUUCAGAAACAUCAAUGUGGGCAGCAUAAACAGUGUUCCUUUUAAACACUUUCUGGAGCACCUUGUACUGAAGAACGUCGCCAACAACAUCACACACAAGAUCACCGUGCAGGGGAGUGUGAUAACUCCCCAUCUUAUUGCCAACACACUCACUGUCCAGGGCUCCGUGGGAGGGGUGGACUACAACAGACUCCUGAGAGAGGCGGUGUAUCUACACAGCAACCAGACUCUCAAAGGCUCUUUGGUGUUCACUAAGGACUUGACUGUGAUGGGCGACAUCAGGACGAAGAAUCUUAACGGACUGAGCCUGGAAACGGACUACCUCACCACCCACACCGUACAGACAGUCCCCUUCAGCGUCACCUUCGGCAACAUCACCACUUUUGACGUCGUAGUGGAUGGCACCGUAAACUCCUACAACCUGCCACAGGAAGUGGCGAACACCAUGAAGGCUAUGGACGGCCAGAAUGUGACUGGCAGGGUAACCUUUGCUGGGUCACUUGUGGUCAACAAAAACAUAAGGUUGACUGGUCUUGUGGGAAGAAACAAGAAAAUUGACUUGUCGGAGCAGGCGAUACCUUUGAAUGCAGAUGUAGAAAUUACAGGCUCUGUGAUCUUUACCUCUCCAUUGACUGUAUCGACCCUCACCUGCACUCCCGGCAUCGUGAACGGUGUUAAUAUUCCAGAGCUGUACAAUAACGCCUGGUUUGUUGACGAACCCGCGGACAUCACUGGUGCCAUGGUCUUCAAGGGACCAGUCAUAUUCUUGGAGGCACUGCUGCGCGACCCUUCUACGGAGCCGCUAAGGAUUAGGGAUCUCCACCAGAACAUGACAGCCGUCAUGACUAGGUUCAACAAGACCAAGUCAGAAUUAGAGUUGCUGUACAAGAACACGUGCUCACCAAUCAUAACACUCUACGAUAUGCUGGAGAAAGCGAUCUUCGAGGGUGACCACUUCGCCUCCAUCUAUGAAUACCUGACUCCUCGCCAACGGCACUCCUCCGCCACCUUCUUUGCUUUCAAUAUGUCAUACAUUGUGAUGAGCUGGGAAGGAGGAAAUUGUGACUCGGCUCUGUACAGCUUCAACCCUACGACGCCGACCGUCCAACUGAUGUAUACCAUUCCUGGGUCCGGCUACGGUCACCAUUGGCUCUUUCUGGGCGGCACUAACUAUGAGGUGUAUCUGGCGAUGGCUGCUUCUGGUUAUCACAACAGCUGUACCAGGAGGAACAGCGUCAUCUGGAAACUAACGAAAACCUCCAUUAUCGUGCACCGGGAGCUAGCCGCUGGAGAACACUUAACACAGGAGUCCUCUGACGAUGUGGUGAUCCUCUACGUGCACGCCACCAACCGCACCAUCACUUACUCUCUCGGCCUUACCACAGGAGACGUCAGACAGAUUUCCAACAUCCCUGGAGCUGUUGAUAUGUACAGGAUGCUGGAGACAAAGAACGGGGUGAAGGUGUCAUUCCAAAGCCACCAGGGACGAGGCACGCUGUUUGUAGGAGGGCUACCAGGAGCGAUCGAGGUGGCAGAGAGGAUCGACGAUAGUGUGCUGCUGGAACAAGGCGACAGCGUCUUCCUCCUCCUGGCUGUCACGAGGAUCAAGAUGCACAAAGAGGAGUACGUGCUUGAGUUGUACUUGGUGGACAUACCAAGAAGGGCUCUGACUUGGAUGGAUAUACACAUACUGCCAGCCAAGAUCCAGCUGACUGUGUUCUUCGCUGGGGUUCCAGCCACUGGCUCCUACAUCAUUAUUGCCCUGCAGAAGAACCGAGUACCUGUGGUCUACACCUUGAUCGGAGAAAUGUUGAAGGAAUUUGCACGCCUGAGUACACCGCGGGUUGGCUGGUCUCAACACCUGACAGUGCCCAAUCGCUACGUGCCUGGCAUCCAGGACCAUUACCUGCUGCUGGGGCAGAACGACCGUACCACCAUCCUCUCUCGCCUUGUAAUGAAAGGUGCUGCAUUGCCUAGCAAAGAACUUCAUUGUGAUCUAAAUGAAUUCAACAUCCCCUAAACGGCUUCUUGUAAACUUAAGAACUUUGUGAUCUGGUCGACAAAAUAGAUUACAUCAUAUCGUGUGACUUGGACGACUUCUCCACAUUCUUCCUGCGCUGUGAUCUGAGGAACUUAAUCAUUUACUAAGUAGAUGGAUAAUAAGUUUAUUGGAUUGUUUACAGCCACAAAUGGACCAGCUCAGGACCUUCGGUGAAACAUAGAACUUGACUUGUUCUUACAUACUUAAAUACGGCACAUGUUGAUUUUCUUUAAGCUGAACAAUGAGCUCUUUUAAAUAUUUAUUUAAACGUUGUAAUUUUUAAAUUUGUUUUCUAAAAUCUGAUUAAAAUACGGUCUUAGCUAUGAGUUUUGCUGACCUUUUACGGUAAUUUGUACGAUGUGGACGAAUGGUAAAAGAACUCGUUACUUUGAGACUAUUCUAUGGUGUUGAUCUUGAGCGCUGAGGUUCAAGAACUCUGGCAGAAAUCUUAAGACAUCCCCAAAUGUUCAUGUUGCUGGUUACCAUAUUACCGAAUAACCUGUCAAACCAUCCUAGGCAUAUAUUCCAUCACCUUUGUUGCGUCGGAUUGCUAUAACCAAACUUCCUAAUAAGACUCGUCGGUGGUAACAGACUUGGUUUAUUACGGUGACAUAUGAGGGGGCAUGUGAUGUACACUCCCACCUUAUGUCAAUGAAUUUCCUUCGCUCUGAAACCUAAUUUUAUGACACCGAUGUUCAAUUUAGCAAAUGUGUAAAUUUAGACA